UGUCGACAUCACUAGUACUGGCAAUUCCAUCAUUCGGCCAAGAUGGCAGAAUCGGCUGGCGUAUACUGUCCGCUGCCUAGUGAACAAGAUAAUGUAGAGCAGGCCAAAGGAGAUCCUGCUCUCGACUCGUCGACUUUCAUUCCACCGGCUCCACUGAUGUCACCCAGCAUUAUCAUAGAAUUCUGCGACCGAUGUCGAUGGCUCCAUCGAGCGACCUGGGUUUCCACAGAGCUAUUCCUUACAUUUCCGCCUCCAGUCUUGAAGGCGAUAUCAAUCAUUCCUCUGAACUCUGAGGAAACUGGAGGUAGUUUUAGGGUCUGGCUUAACCUCGAAGGUAGUCCCCCUCAAUUGAUGUGGGACAGGAAGAUCGAGGGUGGUUUUCCUGAACUGAAAGGUUUGAAGCAGCGUAUACGCGACUACGUACAACCUGGAAAAUCUUUAGGUCAUUCUGAUAAAAAGAGCGAAUGACGUGUCCAAGUGCCUUGGUCAAGCCCUGUUAGAAAUUAUUCGAAGCAGAUUGUGAAUAAAAAAACGUUGCCUACUACGUCACGAUAAGAGCAUGUAUGAUACUUAUAGUGAGAAUCGGUUUUGUUGCA